CGGCAGUAUGAACCCGCUGACCAAAGUGAAGCUGAUCAAUGAGCUGAAUGAACGUGAAGCCCAGCUGGGUGUGCAAGAGAAAGUCUCCUGGCAUGCUGAGUAUAGUGACAGCGCAUGGGUGUUUGUGGGGGGUUUACCAUAUGAGUUGACUGAAGGAGACAUUAUCUGUGUAUUUUCACAGUAUGGGGAAAUUGUGAACAUCAACCUGGUACGUGAUAAGAAGACAGGGAAAUCCAAAGGCUUUUGCUUCAUUUGCUAUGAAGAUCAGCGAAGCACCGUUCUUGCUGUGGACAACUUUAACGGGAUAAAGAUCAAAGGAAGGACAAUUCGUGUAGACCAUGUGGCUAACUAUCGCCCUCCCAAAGACUCUGAGGAUAUUGAUGAUGUAACCAAAGCCCUCCGGGAAAAAGGAUGUGGCAUCAAAACACCUCCCCCCAGCUCACCUGAAUCUUCAGAAGACGAGGAGGUGGAAGUGAAGAAGCACAAAAAAGAAAAAAGCAAGAAGAAGAAGAAGAAAGAGAAGAAAGAGCACCGGAAACGUAGGAAAGAGGAGCUGCCCGCAGAUGCGCCGCCUGCGAAAACCAAGAUCAAAGUGGAGAAGGAAGAUCCAGGCUACGAACGAUACGCUGGCCAAAGUCAGCAAACCUGGAGCUCAUCUGGGCACAAACACGCCAGCCGGGCAGAGCCGGAACAAGAACUCAAGUACGAGCAUGUGAGAGAGAGGUCUCGAGAAGGGGGCUGGCAGGAUAAAAGAGAAAGAUCUCAAGAGAAGGGGAAGGAUCAGAGAGGAGAGGGGUCUCGAGAGAAGGGCAGAGAGGGGGGCCGGCAGGAUCAGAGAGAGGGGUCUCGAGAGAGGGGCCGGUACAAUCAGAGAGAUGGAUCUCGAGAGGGGUCUUGGCCAGCUCACAGGGAGGGCUCUCGAGAGAAGGGCAGAGAGAGGGGCUGGCAGGAUCAGAGAGAGGGGUCCCGAGAGAGGGGCUGGCAGGAUCAGAGAACAUCUCAUGUUGACCGCAGUGAGGAGAAGCAUAAGAAGGCAGAUGACAGACUGAGAGCAGCAGAAAGCAGGAGAUCCCGAGAGCGGUGGGAGAACAGAGACAAGCCGUCCAGGGAGAAGGAGUCUUCCAGACACUACUGACCUUCUUGUUCCACCCUUGCAAGUGCAGAGAGACACAAGGGGGGGAUGGUGGACCUACUGCUGCAGUGAGAUGAGGGGAGAGGGCCCUCCUGGCUGCUGGCAGGGAUUCCUCUGCUGCUGUGUGCUGCUCUGCUUGGCAGGAAGAGGCCCAAGGACUGAACUUUUCUGGUUCAUUUGCCUGGACAUGAGAUAUACAUGCUGGGGACCAUUUUUGGACCAUCUUCACCUCGGCACUUCGGCCAGAAUGGUGUG